AUGACUAAUGUUACACCGUCGUCGUACAGUAAAUAUAAAAUAUCUCGCAGAGGACGAAAGCUCCAAGUUUCAGAUGAUACUAGAACUCUGGUCGCUUUACCAAAGGAUGUUCCCGAACGAAUUUGGGCGGAAAUUCUUCAAAAAGAGGAAAAUGAUCUGAUAAUAUUUGACAUCAGAGAAGAGAUCCUCGAGACCGCGUUGAAAAUUGGCUAUCAGCGUUAUAUGGAGAAGCAGACAGCUAUAUUCACUGUGCACUGCGCCACCGAAGCCUGGUUAAAGCUAAUAGAUUGGCACUUCUUUCGUCACGAUCCUGGUGAGGAUCCGAGCGCGUACCCUCCUUGCUACAUCCCUCAUCGCGAGGAGUCUUGGAUACCUGACCAGCCUCCCGACCCAUCUCCGAAAGACACAUGGGGCCGCCAAGAACUGAACGUGAUAGAAGACACCCCUGAUGCACCUGUGCGAAAAUGGUCCAGCUCGUCAUCUUUGGACGUUCCAGUCAUAGAGGAAAUACCACCGGAAUACUGGUUUCCUGGCAAGGUCCAUGUAGCUGAAUCCACGAAGGGGACUAAAGUGAAUGGAAAGAAAGAAAGACGUUCCAGGGCUGAAAGCUACGUGUCGACCAGCGACAGCCAGCCUUCAUCAGAGGAGUAUCUCAACACUGAAAGCGAAGUAUUACAGAAGGUCACUGACUACAGCACCGAGGGGGUUUCCGAAAAGGAAUCGUCACCCGGUGAAUUGAAGACAACGACUCCAGUGGAUGGGUCCCUGCACGGCGCUGGUGACUCCACGGUAGUGCGUCCCAGAAGACGCCUUACGGAGAAGAGCAAGAGCUUCAUGAAACCUGGGAGUAGGUCGAAAGCCACGCUGCCGCCGCUAGACAUCAGCGACUCGCGUUCUCGAAUCAGUAUUAUUUCAGACUGUCGCUUGAGAAACCUCAGGGCCUCGUCUAUGGUGGUCUAUUGGCCCUUUAAGACGCGCGCGCAAUGCAACGCGCCGUACGCUCGGGUCUGGUUCUGGUCGCGCGACGAGCUACCCUUACUCGCCGUCCGUAGACCCGCGCUUAUGGUGGCCGGAGAUCGUCUUAUAAUCCCCAAAGCAUGUAGUGUUGUCUACUGCGUCGACCCAUCUGUAAUGAUCGGCAAACGAGCAGCGGAUUACCUGAUGGUAAGCAAUCAGCGCCGCCCAUGGACAUCCGCAACGGAGGAGUUACGAGUGCGUCGCCGGCCUUUUAGGGAUGAAGGAUUUGGAGAUUUAGGGAUUGGGGGAAAGGAAGGAUUGGGCCUCCGAUUAGAUACGCAAUUUGAAAUAACGUCAGAGAAGGUGGACACCCCACCAGGUGAGGUGGUGAGACGGAAGUAA